AUGCCGGCCACCACCGUCCACGACUCGUCCGUCGUCCUCCUGGGCCGCGCCCUCGAGUCGCUCCGGGGCAUCCUGGCCAAGGCCGAGUCGCACGCCCAGACCGCGGGCGCCAACCCGGACGGCUACGUCGAGGCCCGGCUGGCGCCCGACAUGCUCCCCCUGAGCUUCCAGGUCCAGACCGUCUGCAACACGGCCAAGAAGUGCCUCGAGAGGCUCACCGGCCGCACCCUGCAGACCUGGGCCGACGACGAGAAGACCCUGGCGCAGCUCCAGAAGCGCGUCGACGAGACGCUCGAGCUGGUCAAGUCGGUCAAGCCCGAGGACGUGAACGGCAACGAGGACGGGCGGAUCGAGAUCAACAUGGGCAAGGCCGGCGCCAUGGACGUCAGCCGGGUGGGCAUGGUCUACGGCUACACCAUCCCCAACGCCUUUUUCCAUCUCAGCAUGACCUACGCCAUCCUGCGGGCGCAGGGCGUGCCUCUGGGCAAGGGUGACUACCUGGCUAGCUUCCUGAUGCCCAACAAGCUGAGCUGA